AUGCUGCGUCGUCGCGCGGCGCGCGCGGCGGUGGGACUGGGACGCGAGACGGCGGGCGGCGUCGACGCGCGCGCGCGCUCGGGGCUCGACGCGUCGACGAGCGCGCGCGAUCGGACGCCGCGCGGGGUGUACUCCACGUCGGCGUCGUCUAGUUUUGAGUCGCAGCGCGCGCGCGAGCUCGGGUUGGAGACGCCGAGACCGGGGUCGAAACUGCUGAAGGGUUGGUUGGCGCAAGAUUACGACUGGACGCGGGAAAACGUGGCGAGUUCGGAACUCACGGGGAACGAGAUGACGGAGCAUAGAUUAGCGGUGCAGAAGACGUACGAACCCGAGCUGAGCGCGCCGAAAGUGCUGGCGCGAUGGUACGGUGGGCGCGAACCGGUGGCGAAGGAGGCGCUCACGCCUUCGUUCGCGCCGGCGCUGUGGAACUGGUUGAGCGCGUCGGCGAUGGAGGGCAUGCGCGGAAACAUCGCCGUUCUGGGAGCCAUAGUCGGUCAAUCUAGGAGCGCGUCGAAGUUCUUGACGUUUACGCAAGGAUCCGCGCGAAAAUCAACGUUUCUGUACAACGUUCGAAGCAAUAAAACGAUGGAUAUCGAGCUCACGCAACGCGGCGAGGCCCUCUUCGAUAACAUGAUCUCCAACAUGCUGCUCAUGCAAGCGACGAAGAGAGCGAGGUACUCGCCUUUGUUAUCGAUGUUCAGACCGAACGCGUACAUGACGCUCGCCGGCUUACCGCGCGACUGGGAAGGGCUACGCUUGCAUCAGAUUUUAGUCCGGCGCAUGGAGGAAUCGGGCCGCGUCGUCGACGCUCGACCGGAUACGCCGAUCACGGUCAUCCCCAUGCACGAGCUCGCAUUCUCUGAGUUUAGCGAUAGCUUAUCGCCGCAAUUAUUCGUUUGGGUUUUGCCUCCGGUGAACAAUUCGCCGGAGAAUCGGGAGAUGAUAAAGCAAGAUAUCGAGACAGCGCUGCGAUUAGCGAAGACGACCGACGUCCGCGUCGUCGUGUGCGGCUUGGAAUUUGCAGGUCAUCGCGGUUCGAACGUGCCGGUGGGAAAACAGUGGGAGGAGUACAUGUCCGAUCUCACCGAUCUCACGCGUGCGGCUGCGAUCGAAGAACAUAGCGCUCGUUUCAUCGGGCAACUGGACAACAUUCAAAAGCAGUGGCUCAACGAGUGGUCGCACAACGGCCUCACGCUACCGGAAGUGACGAAGAUGAUGUCCGCGGGUGAGCUCGACAAGUUUGGCGAGAUGACGAGCGUGCGCGCGAGAAAGUGGUUUGAUGAAUAUACGGCGCCCUAUUUAGGAAAGCAACACGAUUCUCGAUGGUUUCUGAUGAACGCCAUCUUUGGUGGCUUGCGAUUCAUCAAUCGUUUGAGAUCAAGGACGAGAUCGUUCGGUGAUUCCAUCGUCGAGACGACGCAGCACACGCACAGAUUUCUUAGAGGUGAGAUGACGGAUGAAGAAAUUCUUGAAGAAGAGCGCAAGUUGAUCGCGUUCCACGGUACGCCCGAGGGCAAGGCGAAGGUGUUUCCGCCCGUGACAAAGAUUUUCGACGCGCUGCGCGAAUUUAGAGCGGCGGUGCGCAAGGCGGAUCUUCGAGCUGAACUGAAAGCGCUCACGGCGCGCGCGAGAGAAAUCACGGACACACGCGACGAUGCGGACGUGGUCAAGGCUGAGGUGUUGUUGCGUGAGAUGUGGAACGCCAAGGGAAGGAUGUCAGAAGUACACCUGCCGCAAAUCGAACCGUCCGUGGCUGCGUUUAGUAUGCAAUUAGGAAAGCUCGAGCAAAUCGCGGCGCUUGGAGAAAUGCACCGACAGGCGUUCUUAGACACAGUCAACCGCAUCAACGAGUUCGCCGGGGCGCCCAUGCCCAUCGAGGGCGGACCUCAGGCGCUCGAGGCGCAAGGGGUGGAGAUGGAGGAGCUCAUGAACGAGCUCUCUUCGCGCAUCCAAGCGCGCCUGGCUGGGAGCGCUUUGCAAGUGUCGCAUGAGAACAUGGAAGAAUUACAAGAAGAGGAUAUCUCUACCGAGCUUAUGGAUGCGCUGCAAAUGGAUGCCGAGGACGUCGACGCUGCAGCCAAGGCGAGCAAGCUUGGACGUGCGCGCGUUCUCGCUCUAGGCGCGGCGAGAGAUUUAUUACACGCCGCAGAAGAUGUUGACCCUGUGAAGCUGCGCGAGCGAAUCGCGCAAGCCAAAGAUAUGGGAGUGGACGAAGACAUUGUGCGUAGCGCGGAGACGAAGCUAGAGAAUUUGGAGCGUCAGAUACAGGCGUUCAUUCGUGCCCAUCGAAUCACGGAUUCACUUUUACCGGCGCCGACGUCUGGGAAUGAUUCGGAUAGUGAUCGGUGGGUGAACGCCGGACGUAAUAUUUGGUAUAACGAGGCUGAAAUUCUCGGUCGAGGAUCGCUCGGAACUGUCGUGUUCAAGGGAUAUUACGACGAGGGUGCGGGCAACAGAGUCGUUCGUCGCGACGCCGCGAUCAAGCGCAUCCCCUUGCCGCCGGGCGAGCGCGGAGACAACAUGAAGUCAUUGAUUGAAAGAGAGAUUGCCAUUCACAAGCACUUGAACGAGCGAAGCACGCGGGCGACGCAUAUACUGGGUAGUAAACUUGACGUCGACCGCGGUGAUGGGGCAAUCUACACCGCCAUGGAGCUGUGCGGCGAGUCUUUGGCGACGUGGCUGAAGAAUGCGGGCACUGCUGGCGGCGCGCCGGCGAUCUCGCACGUCGAGCGCAUGGAUGCCGUGCGACAACUCGCUCAAGCUGUGGAAGACGUGCACGCUGCCGGUGUAACACACAACGACAUCAAAGCCGACAACUGCCUUCGGAGCGCGGACGGCGAGUUCAAGCUCGCGGAUUUGGGCCUCGGGGUGCGAUUGAAGGACGCAAACAAGGCGACGGAUGGCAACACGUACUCGCUCACAACUUUUGAAGGGUACGGGGUGAACAUUGGUUUACAAGGUCGACCACCGGAAGUGUUGCUUAACGCUCCCCUGACGCCCAAGGUUGACGUCUGGAGUUUUGGAUGUCUCAUGUACACCAUCAUGACUGGUUUGCAAUCGCCGUACAAGCAAGAGAGGAAGAUGGAUUCGCGAAACAAAUCCCCAACGCAAGAACUCGAUCUGAGCGCAUCCACCGCGCUGGACGUUGGAUUUGAAAAUCAACGCAUCGUAAAAGGCAAAUUCAGUCUUCAAGCGAUCGAGACCGCGAUGUUACCGUCGCACACCGCAGUCGCGGCGCGCGAACUCCUUCACCGGAUGUUGGAUCCGGAUCCGCGUGAGCGUCCCACCGCCACGGAGGUUUGCGAGCACCCCGCGCUUUGGGACGUUGAAGAGUGCAUGGAAGCCGUUCGAGAAAUUUUCGAUCGGCGCAUCGUGAACUCUCUUUCGGAAAAGGACGAAGCAGAUCUCGCGCAGACGGUUUGGAAGGGGCGACCUGGACAAGCCGAGCGAGCGGCGCAAUCGAUUCGCAACUGGAAGUCUCUCGUCGUUCCAUCUCUACUAGUGCGCGCAGAUAGGUACGCACAACGCACGGCGAACAUGCAGCAGACGUGGGAAGACGCCCGCGCGGCUCGCGCGGCGGAAGCUGCGUCGAAGACAAAUUCAAAGCGCAACCGCCGCCGCGGCGGCAAGCGCGCCGCCGACGUCGUUCCUCCGCCGAGACAAAACGAACCCAAGGAUUACUCUUACGGCAAUCGUUUGUUCGAUCUGGUGCGCUUCGCGCGUAAUAUGCACGAGCAUCCGCCGCUCGAAGCCGAACGCGCGGAGAUGCUCCGCGCGCUCGGAUCCAACGUCGCCGUGCUCCUGCGUCCCGAAGACACCGCCGCCGAUCCUUGGACGUCUUCGCGCAAAAUCGUCGAGGCUUACAUCGCGCACACGUUUCCAGACUUACCCUUAUUCGCCCACUACCUCCUGAAGCGCGACGUCACCGGCGUCGACGCCGCGAACGCCGGAGCGUCCGCGCCGUAG